GGGAAGUUCAGUCUGUGAAGGAGCCUCCUGCGUUGCGGUUUCAGGUGGGGAAAGUAGCCGGGCACUGGGGUCGAGGGGAACCAGAGAACUAGGAGGGGGUCGUUUCGGCAGGCUCGGCGACCAAGUCUCUGACGAGCGGGGACCUGGAGAGAGAGUUAUACGCUGUUUCCGUCCUAGGCCAGCCCGGAGCCUUCUGUGCCCUGGUUUAUUGGCGUCUUUUUCUGGUGCCAGCGGAAGGCCGGACGGGAAAAUGCCUCGUAUUAAAACAUCACAACCUAGAAGAAGAGGUGCUGUGCAGAGAAAGCUGGCAGAACAGUUUGCAGCUGGGGAAGUUUUAAUUGACCUGAGGAAACAAGAAUGGAAAGUAGGACAACCCAUUGGCCAAGGUGGUUUUGGCUGCCUAUAUCUUGCUGAUACUAAUUCUUCAAAUUCGGUUGGUGUUGAUGCCCGUUGUGUUAUAAAAGUGGAACCAAGUGACAAUGGACCUCUUUUUACUGAACUAAAGUUCUAUCAGAGAGCUGCUAAACCAGAGCAAAUUAAAAAAUGGAUUCAUUCCCAUAAACUGAAGUACCUGGGUAUUCCUAAGUAUUGGGGUUCUGGACUACAUGAUAAAAAUGGAAACAGUUACAGGUUUAUGGUAAUGGAUCGUUUUGGGAGCGAUCUCCAAAAGUUGCAUGAAGCUAAUGCUAAAAAGUUUUCACGAAAAACUGUCUUGCAGCUAAGUUUAAGAAUACUGGAUAUUUUGGAAUAUAUCCAUGAGCAUGAAUAUGUACAUGGAGAUAUCAAGGCCUCAAAUCUUCUUCUGAGCUAUGAGAAUCCCGACCAGGUAUAUUUAGUAGAUUAUGGCCUUGCUUACCGAUAUUGUCCAGAAGGAAUUCAUAAAGAGUACAGAGAAGAUCCUAAAAGGUGUCAUGAUGGAACCAUUGAAUUUACAAGUAUUGAUGCACAUAAGGGUGUGGCACCAUCAAGACGGGGUGAUUUGGAAAUACUAGGUUACUGCAUGAUCCAUUGGCUCAGUGGCUAUCUCCCUUGGGAAGACAAUUUGAAGGAUCCUAAUUACGUCAGAGAUUCCAAAAUCAGCUACCGAGAAAAUAUUGCAAGUUUGAUGGACAAGUGUUUUCCUGAGAAAAAUAAGCCAGAUGAAAUUGCUAAAUAUCUUGAAGAAGUAAAAUUACUGGAAUAUACAGAAAAACCUCAUUAUCAGCGUUUACGAGAAAUUCUUUUGCAAGGUCUAAAGGCUACAGGAAGUAACGACGACGGCAAACUGGACUUACAUAUCUUGCAAAAUGGAGAUUUGCCAACAAAAAAGCGAAAGAAAGAAGUAGAAGAAAACAUAGAAUCAGGGGUUGAAGAUAUGGAAAUCUCAACUAGAAGUAUAUUGGAGGGAGCUCAAACUCGUUCAAGAACCAGAAAGAGAGUUCUGAAGUAAAACAGAUACAGUAACUCCAUAUGCAGAAUUUGCUCCAUUUCCCCUUUUUCUGUAUUACUUCUUUUCUCUUCAUGUUGUGUUUAUUUUUCAUGUAAAUCUUGGGAAGAAGGAUGGUGGAAAUAUUUUUAAGUCUUUAUGUUUUUGAAGAGUGCUUCAAGAUUUUUAUUAAAAUAAAUACUUCAUAUAAUUUGUUACUCAUCAAGGUCCAAUUUAUGAAAUGUUCAAAUUAUAUUAUCAUUAUUUAGUGCAUUUUGUGACAUCCUGAAAAAGUUUAAAUUCCUAAAGUGAAAUGUUAGCAGGUGUUAACUUAAAAAAAUGUAUAAACAUCUGGAUGCUUUGGAGGCUACACUAGGAUCUCAAUAUAGUUAUAUAUACUGGAAAGAAAGUAAUGCAUUUCUUAUUCACUUAACUUUAUUUUAAUCCAGUAUGUUCCCCCCCCACCCCCCCCAUGAUAGAGAUAGGUAUCUCUGGAAUUUUAAAAGGGAAUUUUUCCCCCUUUAAUCCAAAGUAAAGAAUUUCUGGGCUUUUGAAACAUGUAUUUUUUUUUUUAAUUCUUAAGUUUAUUAUAAAUUUGCACCUUUGAAUUUUAGUAGUCAAUGAAUUGGUAUUUUGUUGAGAGCUUAUAACUGUUGUUAUAAUCACUUUUACCUUUAAUAUUGUCUUAUGUAACAUACUUAAUUUAGUUUAUUUAUCUUUACAAUAUCCUUGUAAAGGGAUGGUGGAAGCAGAUAUUUUUCCAGAUUCCCUAAAAGAGAAACUGAUAUAUUGUAGUGUUAAUUGAGUUGUCUGUAGUCAGUGGCAAAAGGAAACCUGCCUCCAGAACCCUGACAUUCUUUUUUGAUGUGACAAUUGAAAAUGCAUUUAUUUUCUUUCAAGAUAUACCACCUUGCCUCAAAUAUAACUGUAGCUUUUCGGUCAACUAAAAAAAUGAGACAAAUAAUUAUAAUAAAGAUUUCCUUCAUUUGAGGGGAAAAAAAGCAA